GGGCGCGCAGUGGGCUGAAAAUGUUGCGCGUUCAAGGGAGGAAAAAAAAAAAUCGGAGUCUGCGCAGUAGCGUUUGUUCUCGACACUCCGAACUUUCGGGAGAACCGCGGAGGAAGGAGAAGAGGGAGAGAACAACGCCAUUUUUUUCUGGCCCCUGUGCAGUCAGACGGGUGUCUUCAGUCCAGGCUGGCGGGUGGCUCGGGACCAGACAGUCCUGGUGUGGGGUUGGGGGGGUGCUGAGAUCUGGAGUCUGUACCAGCCUGAGUUGUAGCGGGCUGUGAGCGGCGGCGGCGGAGGAGAGGGCGAGGCUGGAGCCAUGUCGUCGGCCUUGUGGCGCGAGGACGAUGAAGAGUUCAAGUUGGGAGCGGUGAGAGCCGGGGGGGCGAGAGGCAAGCCGAGGUUCUCCAUGACGGAGAUCAAACUGCUGCUGGAGGCGGUGAAAAGGAACAGAUACAUCCUCCUCAAGAAGUUUAACCAAGGCGUGUCGGCUGAAGCCAAGAAACAAACCUGGACUGAAAUCACCAAUCAGAUCAACGGUCUGGGAGAGAAUCACAGAGAGGUGCGUCAGAUCAUGAAGAAAUGGGCCGACCUGAAAUGCGAUGGAAGGCGAGCGCUCCGGGGCCCCAACGGCAGCAACGUGAGGAAGAAGAGCAUGGGCCCCGUGGAGAGGAUGGUCCACAAGAUCCUAAUGAUGAGUCCCAGAGGAGGCGGCGAAAGUGAUUUUGACCUCGACGAAGAGGACGACUUUUCAAAGGUUUACAGCAAAGGCCCGCCCCCCAACGCUCCCCCGUUCUCCUACCUCAGCUUGACGGACAGCUCCCAGUCUAUACCCGGAGGAGCCUCCUAUGACUUCUCUCCUCUCUCCUCCCCGGAGAAAGAUCUCGCCGGCGAUCCUUUCUACUCCUCCCCUGACUUUGACCUGGCUGACGAUGGAGACCACACCAUGGACUUUGAAGAGAACGACGACUCCUUGUUCUCCUCCUACCCUUCGUCUCUCCCCCGGCCCGCCUCCCCGUCCCUGGACCCGCUGCCCGACAACGCCCUGCUGAGGAUGAAGCCGGUCCACACCUACUCCCGAAACAGCCAGAACCACACCACCACCACCACCCCCACCCAGAACCAGAACCACCACACCUCCACGAGACCCGCCCCUGCUGGGCCCUCGGCCUCCACGUGCUCCCCUUUCCCUCCAGACGCAGCCUCCUCCUCCUCCUCUUCCUCGGCCGCUCCGCUCCCGCUGGAGACCACCUCCUCCGCCUCCACCGUGACUUUCUCUUCCCUCCUUGCUCCUUCCUCCUCAUUCACUCCCCCGCUCCCUCCUGCCUCCAUCUCUACAUCUCCUUCCUCUUCUUCACCCUCUAAAUCUGUCGCGCCCCUUCCUGCCGCGGUAUCUUCCUCCUCCGUUGCUUCCAGCGCAGCCUCUUCCAACUCCCAUCAGCCGUCCUCUUCCUCAGUCCUCCCACCCAAUCCUCCUCCUCCCUCCAUCGCCGUCGCGUCGGACCCUCUCCCGGGCGGAGCGUCCCAGCGCCGGGCCCGCGAGCAGGUGGCCCAGAUGGCCAAUCAGAGCCUGCAGCAGCAGCGCGCCAGCCGCAUGCUGCUGACCUCGGUGUCCCAGUCUCUGGAGGUGCUGGCCCAGUCGGUCCAGCUGCUGGUGGAGAGCCAGCAGGAGUUUGUGCAGGAGUCUCUGCUGCUGCAGCGGGAGACCAUGGAAGUCCUGAGGGAUUUCUCCAACACGGCGCUCACCAUGCUGAGGGACAAAACCAACGGGGGCCAGCUGCCGCAUCCUCAUCCCGCCGCGCACUUCUGAGGAAAAUGGUAUCGCGAACCAAAACCAAGUUGCGCGGGUAAAAUAUUGGCGGCAUUACAGGCGAUCAGCCGCCAUGUGGAGGGGGAUUUCAGACCUGCCUCCCUCCCGCUCGGUGGUCUAAUCGUGAAAAGAGACGGCUGAUAAUUUGAUGGCUGCUGGGACAGAAAAGUUCCUUCUUGAAAAUGGGAAAAAGUUUUUGCCCAAAGGCACAAACACACAAGUUUUAAGCCAUUAUCUCAACGGUUGUUUUUUUUUUUGAGGGGGGGGGGGUUUAUGUGCCUGCAUCUUUCUUUUUUCUUCUAUUUCUUCUUCUAUAUAUUCACACUUUUGUUUGUUGCAGGCUCAUGGUUUUUUUUUUUUUUCAACACUGUAAACAAUUUUUACUGUAAUGUGUCAGUAGAGUAUGAAAGUACUAACUAGGGCUGCUGAACUAUUAUUUUCAUAGUCGAUUAAUCUGUCGAUUAUUUUCUCGAUUAAUCGAUUAGUUUGUUU